AUGGCGGCAAGAGGCCGUGUUGACAUGACGGACGUGGCGUCUAGAACACAAGACGCAAGCGACUACGCGGACCUGCUACAAACAAAUCACAGCGACGCGUUCGCGUUUUCCGAGGCGGAGAAGCUAGCCCUACAGCUCUACGAUCAGCUCAAGGAACUUGAGUUGCAGCACAGUCUUAUUGAAGCACAACAAUCAGACGCACAUGACGCUUCAGCAACCCCAGAUGACCUGCUGGAGGGGCGCCUGACUGUAGCGCAGCGCGAAGCUAUGGACGCGAGGGCAGAGUACGAGAUAAGGAACAAAAUCACACACAACGUGCUAGUAAUGGAUCCUGUCCUGAAAGCCGUUUAUGAGGGCGAGCAGACUGGGUUUGCAGAGAAACGCAUACUGCCGCUGGUCACCGAGAAUGACACUGUUUUCAUGAUGCAUGGUGCUCUGACGUCGAGGCUUGCUCACACAACUCGGUCGCAGAGCACAGCCGAACACAGCAACAUGACGGAAAACCAAAGACAUGAAGAACUCGCAGAAACGAUGCUUGCUCUAGCUGAAGAGAUGAAGACGCAGUCGGUGCAUGACAUUGAAGACGCACAAUUACGCCAACGAGUCGAUGCAGUCGACAAGGAGCUCAAGGACUCAAGGCGAAGGGCGAAGACGCUGAAGGGUAUAUUGUCGGCCAUGAUAGUAGGCAGCGGGAUCAAUUGGGCUGCAGACGAGGGCCUGACCGAGCUCGUCCUGGAGGAUGAAGACGAUUGA